CCGCCGAGUAAAGUGAGUCUGCGAGCGGAGUUUGUUGGGUGUCGAUCACUGGCAAAAGGCCGGCUUCGUGACCGCAGAAGCGCCACCUGAACCCCGACACACACCACCCACGCCCACGGAGGGAACAGCAAGGCUGUCUGUGCUGCUGGGGCCCUCAAGCACCCCACGAUGGGCCCGAACUGGACGCUGCUGGCGCUCCUCUUAACAUCAACCUGCGUACUUCUAGUUUUACCUGAUGCCGCACACAGUGAGCCCAAUGGUGACCUGGUGUUUGACGACGGCGCUCUCGAGUCGCCGGAAGAGCCUCUGGACGGAUUGCUGGAGGAGGAAAACGUGAUCCGAAGCGAACGGGGUCCUCUAGGCAGCCUCCGGUCCAUGGUGCUCGGCUGGUUCGGCGCCGGAAACGAGGAAGACGAGCCGUCUUCGGACCUUGAAAAUCACGACCGGGUGCGAAGAGCGGCGCCGAGACAGCUCAAGAAGAAGAAAAAGCACCGUCGGAGACAAACGGCGCCGAUCGACGAUGACGACGACGCGUCGUCUGGCGUCGAUGCGACCGAUGGAUUCAUCGACAACUUCUCGGGCGAGAAUGAGACGACGAGGACGUCACCGGUACAUAGUGAUGGAAAGCCAUACUUUUACCGGGUGGCAGUAUUGAUGGAAGAGAUUUACAACCCGAACUUGGCCAACAGAAAUUCGGAUGCGUUCAAAUCAUUGGCUAGUGGCAUCUCCUCUGAUGUGAAAAAUAUGUACGAGAAGACGCACGGAAGUCAGGGAGGCCGGUUCAUGGUCAACAUCCUUUCAUUUGAGAAAUACCAGUCGGAUACAUUCAGAAUUUUGGUUCGAUUCGACGUGGGAAGCACCAAGUUCCACAGCACUCUGUCACUCAAGCAGAAGUUGAUCAACCACAUUAAAAACACUGGCAAAAUUGGUGGAAACACUGCUUUCUACGACAGCAACUUUUCCUUCAAGUACAUUCAAGGUGAAUGUCAGAAUAUGUGUGAUAAUGGUGAGUGUCCCGACAAUUAUGUCAGAUGUGACGGCAAAAACGACUGCCUAGACGGCAGCGAUGAAAGUGGGUGCUCGACAGCAGAAAUCGUUCCCGAAACGCGCACCACGAUCUUCGCGUCAGUGCCCGUGCCGGUGCCGCCGCCGCGCGACGGCUGCAGGGCCGACGACGCUGUCAGGUGCCCUGGAGGUACUUUAUACAUCUGCAGCGCCCAGCUGUGCGAUGGAAACCCCGACUGCCCUGGAGACACCGACGAAGACCCGAAAAACUGCCCCGACAAGCCCGACACAAGCACGACACCAGCAACCGUGUGUGGCACAUUGGAGUUCCAGUGCGACACCAACAGGUGCAUGGACAUUAAACGCAAGUGCGAUGGUAUAGUUGAUUGCGACGACCAGUCCGACGAAGCGGGCUGUCAGGAGAUUUCAUUUCCCGUUUGCGCCGUGUCCGAUUACAUUUGUCGCGACGGCAAAUGCCUUGCUUCUGCCUUGCGUUGCGAUGGCACUCCCGAUUGUAAAGACGGCGAUGACGAAGAAGACUGCCCAACCAACCCUCCUCCAACCAACCCACCACCUGUGUUCACGACGCCGACCACCGCGGCACCCCUCCAGCCAGUGUGCGACCCGCAGACGCAGCACCAGUGCGAUUUCGGUCAGUGCAUCGAGCGCCGGCUGCGAUGCAACGGCAAAUACGACUGUCCCGCUGAUGACAAGUCGGACGAGGAGGGCUGUUGGACUCCAUGCAAACCGAACGAGUUCCAGUGCGACGGCAACAAAUGCAUUCCGCAGUCCAAAAAGUGCGACGGCAACUACGACUGCAGCGACAACACGGACGAGAAACAGUGUCCGUGCAAACCAGGUUACUUCGUGUGCAACAACGGCCACUGCAUCCACCCUCAACUUCGUUGCAAUGGCGUUUUUAACUGCCAAGACGGCAGUGACGAGAUUUCGUGCACGAGUUGCGCCAGAAACGAAGUCGAGUGCAAAGACAAAACCUGCGUCAGAGGAGCUCGAUGCGACGACCGCGUGGAUUGCGCCGACGGAUCAGACGAGGCGGGAUGCCCGUCUAGAUGUUCCUCUGAUCAAUACAAAUGCGUCGACGGAACGUGUCAUGACCCAUCCGUCGUUUGCAAUGGAAUCCGCGAAUGUUCCGGCGGUGAGGACGAGAGGAACUGCGGCAGGUUGUGUUUGCCAGGCGAGUUCAAGUGCGGCACCGGCGAGUGCAUCAACGAGAACCGCAAGUGCGACCGCACCAGCGACUGCCGGGACGGAUCGGACGAAGACGACUGCGCAGCUCCGUCGUGCCGAAGUGGCGAGUUUGCUUGUCAAGGUGAUGGUCGUUGUGUUGAUGAACGCAGGCGGUGCGACGGUUAUCUCGACUGUCCUUACGGGGAGGAUGAAUCAAACUGUGAAGCAUCGCAAACCACGACCACCCCAGCUCCCAGCAACUACCCUUGCACCGAGGAGCAGUUCAAGUGCACCGACGGCACUUGCGUUCCUAAGAGGUACCGCUGCGACGGCACUUACAAAGACUGCGACGACGGUUCCGACGAGGAGAACUGCAAUGAGGUCGCAUUCCCGCCCACAGUUUUCGACGGGUGCGGUGACGGCUAUUUCAGUUGUGUGGAUGAGCGUGGUUGCGUUCCGUCCGACAGAGUUUGCGACGGAGUUGUAGACUGUGAAGAUGGCUCAGACGAAGGAACCGAGUGCGAUUCCGACGAGAGCACCGACGUGCCCGACGGUUUUGGUGGCACCUGCAGGCCUGAUGAAUUCAGGUGUGAUGACGGAAAUUGCAUCAACGGCGACUACAAAUGCGACGGCACCAUGGACUGCAAUGACAAUUCAGACGAGAUUAACUGUCAAAAAACUUGCAGUUCAUUCGAGUUCACCUGCAACGACGGUUCAUGCGUCGACAGGAGACUGCAAUGCGACGGCAGGAGAGACUGCACGGACGGUUCUGAUGAGGAAAGGUGUCCCAGCACUCCACGCCCUUGCAGCCGUUUCGAACUGACCUGUUACGACGGUUCCUGCGUUGACCUGUCCAAGAGAUGUGACGGAGUGUACGAUUGCGCGGACGGCUCAGACGAGCGUUCUUGUCCGACAACCACCAGCUCCACCACCACGGCGCGACCUUUCGGUUGCACGAGGGACCAGUUCACGUGCAGAAACAGGCAGUGCAUCCCGAGGGACUUCAAGUGCAACGGGAGAUACGACUGCAGCGACGGAUCGGACGAGGAAGAGUGCAGGUGUAGCAAAGAGGACCAAUUUAUGUGCCGAAGCGACGGCCAGUGCAUCAGUAUCGAGUUCCGUUGCGACAACAUCUACGACUGCUCCGACUUUUCCGACGAGAAAGAUUGCUGGCACAUAGGCACUCAGCCGCCUUUCGUUACCUGUUCGAGGAACGAGUUCACUUGCAACAGUAAGGACCAGUGCGUGCCGAGGGCCCAGGUGUGCGACGGAAAAUACGACUGCAACGAUUACAGUGACGAGACCGGCGCCGAUUGUCAAUGGCAGCCAUGCUCGAAAUGGGAGUUCCGCUGCGAAAACGGCCCUUGCAUUCCUAUGAGUGCGCGAUGCGACAAUAAAAUUGAUUGUCCCGAUACCAGUGACGAAUUGGACUGCCCCAACAACGACCGGCUUCUGCUGCGAACCUACCCAGACGACCAGAUCAUUAAGACAGGGCGUGAGGUUGUGUUCCAAUGUCGUGAUGAAAGUCACAUCAGAGCCAGUGUCCAGUGGAUCCGAGCAAAUGGACCUCUUCCACCAGGCUCUCGGGACAACAAUGGAAGACUUGAGAUGCCAAAUAUUCAGUUGGAGCAUGCAGGGAAGUACAUCUGCCAGGCCGUUGGAUAUCCGGCAAACACCCCCGGAGCACAAAAGGAAGUCGAUCUGACCGUGGAAGCUCAUUCCACACCCCCUCCCGCCGAGAGACCACCUUCUGCCUGCCGAAUUGAUGAAGCCACCUGUGGAAAUGGCCAGUGCAUUUCCAAAUUCAGGGUUUGCGAUGGGCAGAGGGACUGCAAUGACGGCUCGGAUGAGACUAGAUGCGGACAUUACGGUUGUGAGCCAAAUGAGUUCAAGUGUCGCAACAAGAAGUGCGCCCUGAAGGCUUGGCGGUGCGACGGCGAGGACGACUGCGGAGACGGCUCAGAUGAAGAGAACUGCAAAGAGAAUCCACCUGGCUCAGCGUGCAGGUACAACGAAUUCCAGUGCAGGUCCAACCGCCAGUGCAUCCCCAAGUCCUUCCACUGUGAUGGCCAAAAUGACUGUUUGGAUGGUUCUGAUGAACUUGGUUGCCGUGCGCCUGAAAUCACCAAAAUGCCGCCUCCAUUGGUUGCCCUUGACAUCGGUGCAGUGCUGACCAUCACCUGCACAGCCAUCGGAGUGCCCACGCCUGAGGUCAGUUGGCGCCUCAACUGGGGCCACGUUCCUGAAAAGUGCGUCCAGACCUCCAACAACGGCGAAGGCCGACUCGAGUGCGGGGACAUUCAGGAGUCUGACUCUGGAGCGUACUCUUGCGAGGCCGUCAACACCCAAGGCUCAACCUUUGCUGUCCCUGACACAAUUCUGGUGGUCAACAGGCAACCUGUUCUUUGCAGACAGGGCACCUUCAACGACCUUGCCGUCUCGCCCCAAGAGUGUCUUUCGUGCUUCUGCUUUGGAGUCACUUCCGACUGCAAGUCUGCAGACUUGUACACUUACCAGCUUCAGCCACCAAUUGGAACUUUGAAAGUUGUGGGUGUUAACUUGGAACAGGACGUUUCAGUCGGAAGGGAAUUCACCCUUGGCACUGCUCAGGUCAGGACUAUCCAACAAGGUUUCCAGAUCUAUGGCCCCCUGCCACGCGUCAGAGGUUCAUAUCCAUACCUGGCCCUCUCCGAGAACUACCUUGGAAAUCAACUCAAGUCCUAUGGAGGGUACAUCAAGUUCACAGUUCGAGUGGAACAGAGCAUUCAAGGAAGACCCAUCAACACACCAAGUAUCAUAAUGAGCGGAAAUGGAAAAACGCUUAUGUAUCCAGGCAAGCGACUCGUUUCUGGCGACAAUGAAAUAUCGGCAAGGAUUUUCACUGGCGAGUGGUACCGAUUGACCAGUGGACGGGCAGGAGGAGACAUUCCAGCCGAAAGGUCUGAACUGGCCUCUCGAGCGGAAAUUAUGAUGGUUUUGGCCAGCAUGGACAACAUUCUCAUCAAGAUCCAAUAUUAUGACAGCAGUCAGAUUGACACGUCCGUCUUCAACUUCAAAGUGGACUCUGCUGGAAGCACCAAUGUUGGUCAGGGUCAGGCCAGUUAUGUUGAGGAGUGCCGAUGCCCACGAGGAUACACUGGACUCUCUUGCGAAAACUGUGCGCCCGGUUUCAUCAGAAGACAAGGUGGAUCCUGGCUCGGCAACUGCAUUGAACCUCCUGUCGAACCUUGCCCACCAGGCUAUUACGGAGACCCCAGCAACGGAAUCGCCUGUCAACCCUGCAUGUGCCCUGGCCCCAGUGGACAGCUUGGAUUCACAUCGACUUGCCGUCUCGACUCGGACGGUCAGCAGACGUGCAACUGCCCUGAAGGCUAUCAGGGUAGGAGAUGCGAAACCUGUGCCGCGGGCUACACUGGAAACCCUCUUUCGGGCCAGCCGUGCCAAAGAGGAUUCUGUGACGCUGCUGGUUCAGUCACCAUCAAACCUGACCCACGAACUGGAAGGUGCCAGUGCAAGGAUUUUGUCACUGGACCAACUUGCAACCAAUGUCAGGCAAACACAUUCUAUCUUCAUGAGAACCACCAAUUUGGUUGUAUCCGUUGCUUCUGCAUGGGCAUUGAGUCGACCUGCCGCAGUUCAAACUGGUUCAGGGAACAAAUCAGUCUUGCCUUCACGAGCAGUACACAUGACGUCAAGCUGGUCGUGGGAACAAGACAGGACAAGAUCAUUUCCGACGGCAUUCAACUCAAUCCGCAGACAAGGGAAAUCACCUACCAGGAUUUCAACCCCAGAUAUUCGGACGUCUACUACUGGAAACUGCCUGCCCGCUUUUUGGGAGACAAAGUCACAUCCUACGGCGGCUACCUGAAUUACACGGUGCGCUACGAACCGGCUCCUGGUGGGCAAAGCUCGAGGAACAAUGCCUACGACGUCGAGCUGCGCAGCCUCAGAACGUCAGACAUCAUCCUGUUGUACCACCUGAAGGAGCCCCUGCUGCCCAACAGGCCGCAAACCGUGUCUGUGCCUCUGUACGAACAGUACUGGCAGCGCACUGAUGGGCAGCCGGCGGAUCGGGAGCACAUGCUGAUGGCCCUUUCCAGCCUGGACGUCAUUCUCAUCAAGGCCACCUACACAACCAACACUAGGGAGGCUGCUUUGGCCAGCGUCAGUCUGGACAUUGCCGAAGACCGCAACACUGGCCAACAGCGCGCCAGUGCUGUCGAGGAGUGCUCUUGUCCCGUGGGCUACAGAGGUCUGUCCUGCCAGAGCUGUGCAGUCGGCUACACCAGAUUGGACGAAGGAAUCUAUCUGGGCAAGUGUGAGCCUUGCCAGUGCAAUGGAGACCCAUGCGAUCCUGAGAGUGGAGAAUGCCGUUGCCAAGAAAACAGAGCAGGCGAAAGAUGCGAAGAGUGCCAGAGUGGCUACAGCAUGUCCUCAGACAGGCGUUGUGUGCCAAUCAAUUCAGGAAGUCCAACACCCAGCAGAUGCGAGUGUGACCCUCGAGGAACCAUAAACAACAGGUGCAGAAACGGAAUUUGCGAGUGCAAGACAAAUGUUGAUGGUGACCGAUGUAACCGUUGCCGUCGAGGAUCUUUUGCCCUGUCCGAAAAACUUCCCUCUGGAUGCCUGGAGUGCUUCUGCUCAGGUGUCAGUCAGGAGUGCCAGUCUUCCUCUCUGUACAGCGACCUUAUACCAAUGCAAAUUCUCGACGAGGAUCACGGAUUCACUCUGACUGACAGUGGAAGGAAGGACUUCUUCAACAGCGAUCUCACACUCAACGUCGCCGAAAAUGAAAUUGGAUACACUUUUGAACCAGGCCAGUACAACCGGAAGCUCUUCUGGUCCCUGCCACCAGCAUUUACUGGAAAUAAGGUGCUCUCCUAUGGAGGAAUCAUCACCAUCACCCAGAGGUACUCGGGGUCGGCGUACGAGCGCGGCCAGGAUGUGCAACUGAUUGGAAAUGGAAAGACUCUCUUCUGGUCCAACUUGACAGCCCAAGUCAGACCUGACGAGCCAUUCACUUACCAAGUUCCUCUGAUGGAGGACGGCUGGCGCUUGUUGGGCCCAGGCGGCCCACUGCCUGCCUCCAGAAUUGACCUGAUGACCGUCUUGGCCGAUGUGGAGUUGUUGCUCGUCAGGGCCUCACUAGGAACUUCAACCAGGUCCACCUAUUUGUCCGAUGUGACCAUGGACAUUGCUCUCGACACGCAAACUUUCCCUGGUCAGCCACCGGCAGAAUUUGUGGAAAUGUGCCGCUGCCCACCUGGCUACAGAGGCACUUCUUGUGAGCGUUGUGACGUUGGUUACUAUCGAGACUCCUCGGACACAUCUUUGUCAAUUCUGGGCUCGUGCCGCAAGUGCCCUUGCAAUGACAAUGAGGAGAGCUGCAGCCAGACUUAUGAUCUGAGGGUGGUGUGCAACUGCAAGCCUGGCUACACAGGAAGAAACUGCAACAACAUUGGGGGCAUAAUGCUUGAGAUGAUACCCGCCCGCGUGUCCGCACUGCCGGGCAACGAGGUCACCUUCGCAUGCAGCUUCCACAGCAACGAGGAGCUCAAGCUGGAGUUCAGCGAGGACCCCCCGUCGCGGGGCAACCAGACGCUUGACGGGGGCCCCCCGUAUCAACACGCGCUUGAUCCUUACCAAAUGGGCGCCAAGCGACUCAAGAAGGUCGUCAUUCGGCCCGAGUUGCGCUCGAUCACGUGCACGGCGCACAACAUGGAGGGCCUCGAAGUCGGAUCAAUAUCCUCCAUGGUCUACCCCUCAGACGUUCCACUGCCACCUGUUGCGCCAUCGCCAAGACCACCGCCGUCUCCUCCGACUAUCUCCAUUUCGAUUUCUGAACCAAACAUUCAACUUGUGCAAAUCGGAGCUACAGCAAGAUUCAAAUGCUCAGGAAGGUCGCUUAGGAGCAGAAGCGACGUUCGACUUUCUUGGCAGAAGGAAGGCGGAGAGCUGCCUCGAUCCAGGGCAUCUGAUGACGGCAGGGGUCUCUUGAUUAUCACAGAUGUCCGGGUCACUGACUCUGGCACCUAUCUCUGCGUGGCCACUGACGAAUUCUCUGUUGUCUCCGAACGAGCCGUUCUAACAGUUGGAGGAUCUCUGGCUCAGCCUCCUCAGGCGACGAUCAACCCGAGGUUCCAAGAAGUACAAGAAGGUCAAUUUGUAGAGUUCAGGUGUGCCGUGACAGGCUCGCCUAGACCAAACAUCAGGUGGAACAUGGCUAAUGAACGACCUUUAAGCCCCAGUGUGGAAGUUGAUGGCGAAACUCUGCGCAUUCCGUAUGCCAGAAGGACUGACGAAGGAGAAUUCAAGUGCACGGCCACCAAUAGUGAAGGGUCUGACUCUGUUUCUACUUUCCUCUACGUCAGAGAGCGCUCAUCGGAGCCGCCGUCAAUUCCUGCGCCCACAAUCAGGGUGGAGCCCCAAGAGUUCCAAGGACAGCCUGGAGAGACGGUUCGUCUGAGUUGCACGGGAGCCGCGUCUGGCUACACAGUCAGGUGGUCGAGAAUGGGUGGCGAAAACUUGCCAGCGUCUUCCUCUGAAACUAGUGGCCAGCUCAUUAUCUACAACGUCAGCCCAUCGGAUUCGGGUGUUUACGUCUGCUCGGCCACGGAUUCCUACGGCAAUGUGCAGCAAAGUCAGGCCAGAAUAACCAUUGUCACAGCAGGAAACCCUCCGAGUGUGAGAAUCGAGCCAGAGAGGCAGACAAUUGUUCAGGGAACAAGCGGUGAGCUGCGUUGCAUAGCUACCGGAAACCCAACACCCAUCGUGACCUGGAGCAAGGUCAAUGAUGACUUCGGCAGGAAUGUGCAAGUCACAGGCAACAUCCUCAGAAUCACGAGCGCACUCUUUACUGACAGAGGUGUGUACGCUUGCAAGGCGUCCAACUCCGGAGGAGAUGCGCAGACUUACUCUAUCAUCGAAGUCGAAGUGCGUGAGGCCCCUCUGGUUGAAAUAUAUCCCAAGACUGACCAAACUGUCCUCGAGGGAGGCAGCGCCCUAAUUCAGUGCCGCAUUGCUGGUGGAAUCCCCACUCCAACCUUGACCUGGAAAAGGGCUGAUGGCAAGCCUCUGUCCAGCAAAAUCAAAGAGCUCCAAAGUGGAGUGCUCAGUUUCAAUGAAGUUUCAAAGAACGAAGCUGGUCAGUACCAAUGUAUCCUCGAGAACUCGGUCGGAACCGUCAGCGCCAUGGUGUCAGUGAUUGUUCAGUCAACACCUGUCAUCAGGGGUCUCCCUGUUGGUCCAAUCACCAUCCAGAUAGGACAACCUCUGCGUCUGGAGUGCCGAGCCGAUGGCGAUCCAAUUCCGAAAGUGGUUUGGAAGAAACACCAACUUGGACCUGCCAAUUUCUACAAUCUUGGUGAAAUCACCCCUGAAAACACUUUGAUGGCGGUUUACGAGAUCAGCCGAGUUUCAAGACAAGACGAAGGAUCUUACAGCUGCGUGGCCACAAACGAAGCUGGCGUACAUGAGGAACGAGUUCAGGUUAUUGUUGAGGAAAGGACCCUUUCUGGACCCAGUCCUGGACCAUCUGUGAGACCGCGACCUCCCACGUCAUCAGGGGGUGGAGGUGGUCAGAUCAUUCUUGACCAAGACAGAAUGAGAGUGAGCUCUGGAGGAACUGCCGAGCUCAGAUGCUACGUGAGGAAUAAUGGAGAGCAAAUCUUCCUCAACUGGAUUCGUACAGAUAACAGGCCCAUGCCGAGAGAGCACAGAAUCCAAGACGGAAUUCUCACCAUCACCAAUGUGGACUCGAGCGCCGCUGGUGGCUAUGCCUGCGUCGGCAUUCACAAUGGCAGGGAAAUAUUCAGGGGCAACGCGUACCUGGAGGUUGUAGAGCCCCUCCGUGUCAAGUUGAAUCCGAAUAGGCAGACUGUCCGUCCUGGAGACAACGCCCUGAUCACUUGUGAGGCUUCAGGCGAAGGACCAAUCACCCUUAGCUGGGAAAGACUGCGUCAGCCCAUGCCCAGAUCUGUGCAAACAUCCGACGGACGCCUUCAGUUCAGAGGCAUUGAGGUCACUGACGCUGGACGGUACAUCUGCAGGGCGACCAACAGGGAUGGAUCUGCCGACGCCACAGCCGAUGUCAUUGUUGAAGACUCGGCUCCACCUCCACUUGUCAAAGCCAGAACAAGGCAGGUUUCCACUCAGGUCGGCUCAAAUAUUAUUUUGCGUUGCGAGUCAUCAGACAGUGUCUUGUGGAGCAAGGAUGGCCAAUUUGGUCUCCCGCCCACGGCAAGCGCCCAAGGCAAUGAAAUCAGUUUCUUGAACACUCAGCUCGAGGACGCCGGACGCUAUUUGUGCACUGUUAGGAAUUCUUAUGGCCAAAAUCAGGACUACAUUGACCUCAUAGUGACGCCGCAUGGUCGUUGCAAUAUUAACCAGUACCAGUGCAAGAGCGGACAGUGCCUCAGCCUUAAUAAAAGGUGUAACAACGUUUUUGACUGCGAUGACAGAACGGACGAGAUUUAUUGCCGGUCGAGAAGGGCUGCAAGACAGCGACCUCCGCUCCAGCCAAGACCGCGCGAGGAAACUAUCAAAAUUGAGGCCAGUCAGGACAGGAUCAAUCUGGGAGACACUGUUGACCUGCAGUGCAAGUCCACCGUGCCAGGCUCUGCCGUUUCGUGGUCCAAGGUGGGUGACGACCUGGCCAACAACAUUCAGGUUCAGGGCGGCUUCCUGCGAAUCAACAACGUGAGGAGCACCAACGGCGGGUUGUACCGGUGCAACGUCCGCACGCCUACGGGAGUGCAGUCGCGCGAAUACUCGCUCGCCAUUGUAGGAUCAACGUCAAUUGAACGCGUUCCAUUCAUUCCGAAUCGGAACCGAUUUGUGGACGCUGAUGUCCCUGACUUGCCAACAAUUGACCCUUCAAAACCAUCAGUAUUGACCAGAUCUGCUGCAUUCGGCAGCACAGUCGAGCUUGAGUGCCGAAGCAACUUGGAGAACGCCAAGUAUACCUGGACCAGGCAAAACGCCAUCCUGCCCGAAAAAGCCUACUCUCGAGAUGGCGUGCUCGUAAUUCCUGAGCUGGACUCUACUGACGCAGGCACCUACCUGUGCACAGCCAGCAACUCGCAAGGACCCCAGGUGGUCCCAACAGUCCUGCUGGUCACAGGCUUAGUGCCCUAUUUCGGCCAAAGCCCCAACUCAUACAUGGCCCUUCCGACCCUGAGCAACGCAUACUCUAGUUUCAGCAUUGAGAUUUCGUUCAAACCUGAAAACCCUAAUGGCUCGAUUCUGUACAACGGUCAGCAACUGGGUGGCUCAGGUGACUUCUUCUCCUUUGGUCUCAAUAGUGGAAUCCCUGAGUUCAGGUUCUCCACUGGUCUCUCACCGGUGAUCAUCAAGGGCAACGAGCAACUGAAGUUGGGCGAAUGGCACACGGUUAAAAUCAGCAAAAUCAACAAAGAGGGCAUGAUGAAGGUGAAUGGUGGCAGUCCAUUUGUUGGCAUCGAAACUGGCAGGUUCCUGGGUCUGGAUCUGCAGGACUCGCUGUACAUUGCAGGAGUGCCUGAUUACUCCAACAUCCACAGACUCAAUGGAUUCACUAAAGGAUUCGUUGGUUGUGUUGGAAAACUGAUCCUCGGAUCCAAGCAAGUCGACCUGAUGAAGGAGGCCUUGGUCAAGGAAGGUGUGACCCUGUGUGAAACUUGCGCCGAAAGCAAGUGCAUCAAUCAGGGCGUUUGUCAAGAAGCCUACGCUGAAAUGGGAUACAAGUGCAUCUGCCCUUCAGGCUACUCAGGCAUCAACUGCGAGUUCCAGGGUGAAGUCUGCUACCCUGGAGCCUGUGGUGCAGGACGUUGCGAGGAAAAGGACAGAAGUAUCGAGUGCUACUGCCCACUUGGCACUGAGGGUGCUAAAUGUGACAAGCAGAUCAAAAUAUCUGAGCCCCUGUUCAGCAAAAAUGCUUGGAUUUCUUACCCAAAACUCAGGACGUUUGGAAAGUCAGACAUCGGCUUUCGAUUCAAGCCCAAGGAUUUGGACGACAGCCUCCUCCUAUACACCGCCCAAAAUAAUGACGGCACCGGAGAUUUCCUCGCAGUCGUCAUCAAGGACGAAAAGGCUGAGUUCCGGUUCAACAUGGGCUCCGGCCUGGCCACCAUCCGCAGCGAAAAGACCCUGAGCCCUGGCAAGUGGCACAGAGUGUCUGUCAGCCGGGGACCUCUGGCGGUCGGAUCGAUUUCGGUGGACGGCGAGGAACCGACGGUCGGAAAAGCGCCAGGAUCCAAGAGAGGCUUGAAUUUGGGCACGUUGCUCUAUCUAGGCGGUUGGGACAAGUCAGAGGUCACCCUGAACUCGCAGGUUGGAGUCAAGAGGGGCUUUGAAGGAUGCAUCUCGCAGAUCAACGUCACUGGUGUCAGCCUGGACAUCAUCAACUCGGCUGUUGGCGCGUCGAAUGUGGCGCAGUGCCUGAUCGAGUCACCAUGCGACAGUUCACCAUGCUUGCAAGGCGCGUCUUGUGAAAACUUUGAGAAUGAUUACACUUGCUACUGCCCUGAAGGAUUCAGAGGCAAGAACUGCGAGAGUGAGGAUAACAUGUGCAGCACGCAGGCCUUCUGCCAGAACGAUGGCGUGUGCGUUGGUACGUCCACUUCGUACAAGUGCAACUGUCCCAAAGGCUUUGCCGGACUUAACUGCGAGAUCCGCGAGGAGUAUGGUGAAGAGGUUGGUUUUGCUGGUGACGGGUACCUCGAGUUGAACAAGACCUUCCUGCCACACAUCAACUCCAACCAACCUGAGGAGCUGCAGGUUGAGUUCACGGCGCGCAGUGCCCAUGGUCUUCUGCUCUGGCACGGCCAAUCGCCCAGCACGCCCGGCCUGAAGAACACUGGCCGCUCGGAGGAUUACCUUUCCCUGGCCGUGGUUGACGGAUACCUCGAGUUCGGCUGGGAGCUCGGCUCGGGUCCAGCCAAACUCGUGUCACGCAGACGGGUGGACGACAAACAGCGACACACUGUCCGCAUCUGGCGCCACGCCAACAACGGCUCGAUGACGCUUGACUCGGACGAACCAGUCAUCGGGGUCAGCCUUGGCACCCUCAAGCUGCUUAACACAAAUGGAAACAUCUUCUUGGGUGGUUUACCCAAGCUCCAGUUUAUGACUGGUGGGAAGCAUGGCCAGGGCUUCACAGGGUGCAUCCACUCGGUGCGCUUCAACAACUCGGCGCUUUUGAAUCUCUUCGAAAAGGCGAUCAUUUCAGUCAAUGCUCAGAAGUGUUCCAGGGGUAUUUGGGAGCCGUCGUCGUUGGUGCUGAGAGAUGACGCGCCCCACAAAACAAUCAGGCUCGGCGCUCUGCCAGGCUCUUCGUCGUCAGGGUCCGUGCGGCUGAUCUUGUUGCCUCUGCUCGUCGUGUCUAACGCGGUCGUUCUCGCCGUUUUCAACUGCAAUUUCUACCACAUUAUUUAGAUUGCGGCUCAUCUUUCGAGAACGACUACGAAAGUCCCGUAGAAGAACCUGAAGACACCGAAGAUCUGUCGGUGCAGCUCAACCGAGCCUACUAGAUCGAAUUUUUUGAUCGAUCACACACAAACUUUGACAAUUAUGUGUUCAUUUUAGAGAAAAGGCCCACGGCCCAAUUUUUAUUUUAGUUUCCAAAAGCGCCGCUCUGCUGAUUGUGAGAUGUGUUUUAUAUAUUUGAAUUCGGCAAAAAGUGGCUUUUUUAAUUUUAAUUUCCGCGCAUUUCCUAAAAGGUAUGAAUAUUGUUAACCUGACGAGAGCUUUUACUUAUUUGCAUAGUUCUUCUGGACCAAAAUUGUUAUUAUUUUGUACUCUACCACCUCUUAUUAUUUUUGCUAGUCUUUCCGCUUCGAGACGAAAAAAUAAGACUCCCUUUUGAAUUUGGUCAAAUAUAAAAAAUUGGGGUGCCUCACAAUGUCCUAAAGACAAUGUCCUAACAGAAAAUGUCCUAACGGAAAAUAUCCUAAAGAAAAUGUCCUACAGAAAAUAUCCUAAAGAAAAUGCCCUAAAAGUGAGAAUUGAAAAUGUCCUAACAGAAAAUAUCCUAACGCCUGAAAGUUAUGACAAGUCAUGUGUCAUGUGCAAAAAAAAUUUAAUUUAUCCUUUCAAGUAAUUUUGUGUUAAAAUUUAUCCUGAUUCAAAAUAUUAUUUUACGUUUCAUAUAUAGUCUUUAUCGGAAAAUAUACAUAAUUACAUAUAUAUUAUAGACUUUUGAACUAAUUUUAGUAAUUUUAGGCUUUUGUAAUGACUGUAAUAUUUUUUUUUAAAUAUUUUUUUUUAAAUAUUUUUUUCUUCGCUUUUUCUACGGGUAGUUGAGAAAUUAUAACUAUUAAUCUUUCUUCCAUACAAUAGUUUCAAAGAAUUUCGUAAAAAUCUUCAGGAAAAUGUAUUUUUGUUUCCUAUGAAAAAGUUUACUUAGAAAUAUCAUUCGAAUUUUUUUUUCAAAACAAAAAAUUUGAAAAAUUCUAAUUGAAAAUAUUCGUUAAAUUUAUUUUCAAUAUACGUUAUAGUAAUAAUAUUAUUUUUUUAAAUUAUUUGUAUUUGUGGAAUAUAAUAUGAUUGUUUCAAACUUAUAUACACUUUAAUAUUUUGAAUUAUAUGAUCAACUUUCGUUAGAAAUGUGACAGAGAAGCUCGACAAUUAGCAUCAUAUUCUUUCUGCAUAAGUGAAUUCAUUUGAUAAGGAAUGAAGUUCAUGUUAGUCCCUGUUGAAAAAACUAAACUUUUAUAAUAUAUCAACCAAUUUUCCGAAAUUUAGGACAUUUUCUUUAAAUUCAAUUAGGACAAAAUCUUUAGGACAAUGUGCGAUCAUAGCUUUUAGGACAUUAUCUUUAGGAUAUUUUCUUUAGGACAUUCUCUGUUAGGACAUUGUCUUUAACCUCAAUUUAGGACAUUUUCUUUAGGACAUUAUGAUGGUACCCAAAAAAUUUAUUUCACUUUUUGCUAUUAUAUUAUCAGUUAAAUCAAAACUAUUUAAAGAGGUAGUUUAUUGGGGGAGUCUAUAUAAAUGUAUAUCUGAUAAAGAAAAUUAAUUAUUGGUAACUGCAAAUCAUAAUAUUAGGAUGAUCCGGUGCCAUAAUUGCAAAAAGUAAUGAAAAUAAUGGUGCCUAUGCAGACAAUAAAAGCACGAUAGUAACUUUAAAUUGGCAGUGAUUCGUUCAAAGUGAAUUAAUAUAAUAUCUCUCAGAAGUCUUGUUUGUUGUGUUCUUAUACACCUAUUUUAAGUAUCAUCAGCUCCGAGCCUUUUCUUUUUCCGAAAUAUGUAAAAUAUGACGUAAUGCAUUUGUACUCUUUGUGAACAUUCUUUAUAAUUUAUAUAUGAAAAAUCAGCGCACUCCUCUACGCUGCAGAUUAGGAAAGAAAAAAAUUUUAUUACUAAUAUAUCCAAACGGAUCACUAAUGAUAAAUCUUUACGUUGGAAGAACUACACUAAAAAUUGUAAUAAGUGGUGCUAAAAUAAUGAAUAUAUCAAUGUAAUGCGUGCCAUAAAUCAAGAUUCUUUUCAAGAAAAAGGUGUGUUUAAUUUGUAAUUAAAUUAAUAAGAUAAGAUGUUUUGUGCUUGGAAA